CAUGUAGUUAUGAGGAAAAAGUCAUAAUUAUUCAAUUAAAUGUCAUAAUUGUGACAUAAAGAGUCAUAAUUGGAUAAAAAGUGACAUGGGAUUGAAAAAAGCACUAUGUGAUACACAGUCAAAUUUAUGAGAUAAAAAGUUAUAAUUAUAAAAUGAAAACUAUAGUUUGAGAGUUAGAUGUCAGAAUGAGAUAAAAAGUCACAAUUCAGGGAUUGACACUCACAUUUAAAUGAUAAAAAAAGUUUAAAUGAUGAGAUAAAAGGUAAUAAUUAUUGGAUAAAGAGUCAUAUUAACGAGAUAAAAACAUGCUACCAGAAAGAUAAAGAUACAAAGAUAAGAAAACAUAAGUUAAAUAUAAUCUCAUAAUUGUGAGAUAAGUCAUUAUCAUUAAAUUGAAGUCAGAAUUAUGAGACAUAAAAGUUUAAAAUAUCAGAUAAAAAACACAUUUAACUCAUAAUUUUUCACAAUCAUGAUUAACCACGGGAUUUUUUUAAUUUUAUUUUUAUGUAUUUCUUUUUUUUAACAACAAGCUGGUCACCUUUACUCUCUUUUAAUGCACAGUUAUCAAUGUGUUUUACUUGAACCGAUGUCACCUGGCUCUGUUGCCUCAUGUCUAUCAUCAUUUCCUUUAGUUGUCUUACAAUGUACUAUAAUAUAUGUGAUGUUUUCAGGGCGUUAAUCAAAAAAGGAAGCCUGCUCUCUAUGUCUGUCCCUGUAUAAAUACAGGUAAUGUUGAUGAUGAUGAUGAUGAUGAUGAUGAUGAUGAUGAUGAUGAUGACGACACAGGGGGCCUCUGAAUGAUCCUGAUCACUAGAGUGUCGAGCUGGUGAGAUGCAGAGACUUUUUCUGCUCACUGUGUCAUUUAGGCUGCAUGAGCAUUUAACACCAACAUACUUGUGUGCACUCACAUGAGUGGUGUGUGUGUUCCUCAAUGACCAGCAUGCACCAGGUUCAGUAUUAAAGUCACCCAGGCGGACACCAGGGGGCAGUCAUACUCUGUUUCUGAUGAUGGACACAAAUCUUAUUAUACAUUUGGAGGUGCUGUAAAAUAAAAAGGCAGCAGGUAUUUAGGAAAUAAUAUAGGAUGUUUUUUUUGUUAUUUUGGCCCUUUUUAUGGCUUCAUGACUGACCACGAUAAGAGAGAGAGAGAGAGGGAAUGAGCGAUAACUAAAAACCAAACACAACACCACACAAUGGAUAUAUUUUUAAGAUGACAACAAUGUACAUGACAGAGUCUGUUUAUUCUGAUGGCAUUAGCAGAGGCCAUAUGACACACCAGACGGGUCGCAGCUUAAUUAAGUUUGUGUGGUUGAUCCAUGACCAUACAUACAACCUGUUGACUCAGAUGCUCGAGUCAAGAACCUAUACUACAUCCCAAAAGAGGUCGAACCAGUUCUACAGUGACCGGGUUCAGUGGUGUUUAAUGGAAGGUCAUGAUCAUAAGGAGGGUGGCGGUGGAUUGGGUGGAGGGAAAGAGAUGAAAAGGCUGCGACUAAAGGCUGAGAGGACAUGGCAGAGUGUGACAGCUGAGGAGAAUUGCAAGAUAUAAAGUUAUAUUCAAACGUUUUUUUUUCCAGCUUGUUCUUGGACAACCUUGUAUUUAUAUGAUUUAUGUGAUACUGUAACUUUGUUUACUUGGGUUUUCAAGAACAUGCAAUUGUGGCAUCAGAGCAUUUAUAAAAAGUAGAAAAGAAAUUAUAAAAGACCAAAACAGCUGAGACUGAGAUAACAAAGACACAUCCAUAAGCAGAAAAACAAUAAAUAAUAAUAAUCUCAAUAAGCAAAAAACAAAGAAAAACAUAUAUCAGUGAGUCAACACAUGUGUUAUAGACACUGAAGUUGCUUCAAGAAUGGACUGAAUAUUUCCCACAUUUGUGGAAGGAACCAUUUCACAAAAGGCUGAUUUCUUUCCAAUCAAAGAAAGAAAAGAAUGCCUCUUAUCCAGUGGGUAUGAGAGGGAAAUACAAUUGAUUUCCAGUUUGUAAAUAUUAAUCUUCUAGCCAGUGGGAUGAUCAGGGCUAAGACCUCUUGUUUGGUUGUACACUCUCUAUGGCGAGGAAAGCCAAUGAGGGGGAAGACACCAAACCAAACACUGACGGCAUCUGAUAAGAGUAUCAAAAAUCUCUGUUGAUAUCAUGGAUGACUGUAUCGCAAGUUUGUAGACAACAUUUUAUUGGAUGAAUGUUACUUUGGGCAUAUUCCCUACUAAGAUAAAGUUUUUUGUUUUUUUUUGAUCAAGCAGACAUUGAUGAUGGUUUUAUGAAACAGUAAAUAGUACCACACUUGUUUUUUUCGAAGACUGCUCUAAUCUUUGUAUUGUUUGGAACCUGAGAAAAUGUCCACGCACGCUGCAACUAUUAUGAGUUAUUUUUAGGUGAAGUGCGACUCCUACCCAGGUCUCUCCUCCGUCACCUGUCACAGUCAGCUACCAUGUGCUCCUCUAGAGCACUCGACCGUUGCCCUGUUUCCAAGACCACCAGCUAAAUUAGGUGAAAGGCUGAGGCAGUGUUUAGAAAGAAUCACCGCUACAACAUAUAGUGCAUGGUGGGUUUUUCAAAUCUUUAUACUUUGUUACUUCUUAUAGUGUGUGUGUUGUGUGUGUUUUUCUAUUUUUUUUUGGGGGGGGGGGAAGAAUUAUUUUUUCAACAUCAUCUCUUGGUUUCCUGGUGUAGCAUGUUCUUCUAAUGAAGGGCUGGUGGAGACAGCUGAUGCAUCUGUCAAAUGACUUAAACGAGAUGGGCGUAGUUCUGACCAGAGUGAAUAACAGUUGCAAAGCGGCCUCUAGAGAGCCUGUCAACACAUCCCAGACAGCGGGCAGCAUCUGUGACAGAGACGUCAAUAGCACAGGCAGUGACCAUUCCUCCAUCGUACCUAUUGGGAGCAAAGUGUGCGAGCCAGAGGAGGUGCUGGUUCCUGCUCUUCCAGAGACAGCUUGUGUUGAGCGAGGCUACAUCACCCCGCAGCAGGCGUACAACCUGCUGAAUGCAGAGGAAGGCCACCCGGCCUUGCAUGAUCCGUAUUAUAUUCUCAUCCUGGACUGUCGCAACGCAAAGAGGUACAAGGAGAGCCACUUGGUGACAGCGCGCGCUGCUGUGACAGUGAUCCACCCUCAGCUGGGCUGUCUGAUCAGCUCUAUAGAGCUGCAGAAGUAUUCAAUAAUACUGCUGUACGCAGAGGAGGGAUGCAGCCCAGUGGGCAGUGUAAAAGCCAGGGCGGACUCCCCAGAUCUCCAGCGCUGUUUCUUCCAGCUCAAUGCCUUGGGGAUGGACCCUGUCAUCCUGCUGGGGGGAUUCUCAGCCUUCAAUGCCCUCUACCCUUUUCUCUGCUCGUCACAAAUGGUCCUGCUGGAACCAGAGCGACACACCCUCACCAUCUACCCCUCAGAGAUCCUGGAAGGAGCUCUCUACCAGGGCUCUGUCUCCCAGGCUUCUGACUAUGGCAUCAUCAAGAAUCUUCACAUCACACAUGUGGUCAAUGCCACUGCCAAGUGCCCCGAUGCUUUCCCCAACAUGCUCUGCUACCUAAGGCUGCAUCUGAGUGAUGACUCCGAGCAGAACCUGGUGGAGGCACUGCCGCUGGCAUCCAGGUUCAUCAAUGCAGCUCUGAAGUCAGAGCCUGCCGGCCGGGUCCUGGUCCACUGUAGUAUGGGCAGAAGUCGCAGCUCAGCACUAACGCUGGCCUUCCUCAUGGAGCAUCGGAGCUGGUCGCUGCUUCAUGCCCUGCGCUGGCUGAAGGAGAGGAGGGCAUGCACGGCACCCAAUGUGAACUUCCUGCGUCAGCUGCUGACCUAUGAGGAGCAGCUGUUUGGGAGCAGACUCACCUCCCUGGAUGACAUUCGCCGAUGACUGGAAGAGGAGGAUACACUGGAUAUUUUUUCCUACAGUUGGCAUUGAGAGAAAGUUUAUGAUAUUUGUUUUCUCCAGUUAUCAAUUUAUGUCAAACUGAGCAUGUACAAGCAGAGGUGGAUUUUGUACUCUAAGAGAGACUUUCAGUGACUGGAUAGGAGUAGACUUAUUUCCCCAAGUCCCAAACUGUCCUAUUCUCACCACCACGCUGAUGGAAAGUCAGGUGAAGUUCUGUCCACAAAACAUUUCUGGAGCUUCAUGGCAAAGCCACAAUGCAGCACUCUCCUUAUCACCUAGUGAUUGGUUUAAAAACAUGAACAUGCACCUCAUCCAGCAUGAUGCACCUACUUUAGACGGGGAGCACACUAUCGCUUCUAGCUGAGAAGGUACAGUGAAGAUUUUCGACUUUAAAAAAGGGUGUAAAUAAUGUCUUUUCAAACAAAUUCUGGUUCUCGGGGCAUCUGGACACUUGGAUUAUGCCAGACGAGCUGUGUGGAGCCAGUUUUCAUUUAUUUUCAGUCUUACUUACAUUUCAAAACCCCAUCUGCUUGGAGAAUGCUGCAACGCUGCUUUGCUGUGAAGCUCCAGAAAUGUUUCGAGGAUCGGCAUUGCUGUGAGUAGAUAAUGACAGAAUUUUUCAUUUUUUGGGGGGUGAAGUUAUCCUUUAAUCCUACCUGUGCUAUGCUUCCAUAACAGUAAUCAUACAGAUAUUUACAUUUGCGACCUCUGUGUGAGUCAGUACAACAUAACUCCUGUCAUGACAUUUUUACUCGGGUGAUAUUUGAUAGAAGAUAUAGAUUAAUAAAGUGCAUUUAUAGCAUUUCA